AUGCCAUCUCAUCGGGACAAACUGAAAUCUCUUCUUUCUAUUGCAAAGGAAGAAGAUGAAUGGAAAAAAUUUGUCGAGUGUGAUAAUCUUCCGAAACUGGAUGACGAUGUUGAUAUGAAUAAUUUUGUUUCCUCAUGGAAAGAUAUUAAUGAAAUGUCACUAAGAAAAGAAACUAGAAAUCUGAAUGAAGAUUUUGGACUCAUUAAGGAAGGAGCAAAAGUGUACAGAGAGUUGGAAUACAUUUUUGUUGAAUCCUUAGCUCAGUCAAACAAAACGAUCCAGGCCCAUUGCCAAAAAUAUUUAACUCAAAUCUCAGAAUGCAUCUUGGCAACCUUAGAUGAUGCUACUGCUCAUAUCAUGCAAUAUUUUGAUAAAUUUUUGAGUUCAGACCACGAUCAAUUUCAAAAGGUAGAGAAAGGUAUUGAAUAUGGUAUCUGGACAAAUAUUUCAAAAAAUUUAAUCCGUUAUGUAGAUUUUGAUAAAAUGAAGGUGAAUGUGGAGCUAGCUCUAAAGGGAAUGGGAUAUCAAGAGAUUGCUCUCCGAGUGGUACAUUUGUCUGAAGAUAUAUUUUCAUCCACAUCGCCGAAUAUUCAAGAUGUGACUGUGAUAGGAGGAAUAUAUUUGAUUGAUUUCUUGCACAUUCCUCCACUAGUUCAUACGUGUGAGGAUUGGAAAAUUCGACAAAUCACAGAACUUUCACAUCAUAUCAAACGAAAACCAUAUACGGUCACGAAUAAUGAAAACCAAGAAGUUGAGGGUCCACCACCUGCUAAAGUCACCAUACCAGCUCCUCAUGGCUGUCUCAUCAGAUCUGACAAGCCUCAAGUAGCAUGGUGGAAUGAGAAAGAAAAAAUAUGGUCUCGUGAAGGAAUAACCAAUUCCUCAUACGAGCCAGAAACUGGCUUGAUUACCUUCAUGACUACUCACUUGACUUGUCCCUUAGCAGUUGUAUAUGAUAAUAAUAUUGACAAGAGCUUUCAUAAAUGGGUUCUGUUCCCUGCACCACAUAUUGGAAAGGAUAUUUGUGUUUUUCAAGCAACACCAAAAAUAGGUGAGGGCACAUCUUCGCUAGAUGACAUUGUCAUAUUGAUACAUAAAGAUAAGUGUAGAUUAAUUUCCCCCUCCAAACCAGAGCUGGAACAACUCACCAUCAACUGGUCCAAUCCUGCAAAGCUGCUGUCUGAUUUGGCCAAAGCAGGAAUUAAUUUGAUAUUUAGAUAUGACGAAGAUCCAUCAAGUGCUAAAGCUGUUAAAGCCAUGGACAUGGAGAAAAAUGCAUAUGAGGGAAUAUCCUUACCUUGUGAGGAUAUCGAUGAGCUAGAUUUGGUAGAAAUAAGGUAUGAAAACAAGUUCAAUGCCGACCUGGACGCAAAUUGGGACCUCCUCAAAUACCAAAAAGAAAAGUGUGGAUUUAUUUCAAAUGAGCAACCAGUAACUAACGACGAAGAAAAUAGCGUUGUCGAUCUUGCAACUAUUUCAGGACUUUCCACACAUCACAACUUGUUUUUGGCAUUAGAGGAAAGAAAUCAAGGUACCCAAUUACGUCAAUUGCUGGAAGAAAGCAAUGUUCUCACUAUCAACAGCCUGAAAACCAUUCUGAAUUUAUCACGCCCACUUGUAUAA